UUACACGAGCACAUUAAUCCAAGAGUCCACCGGAGCCAGGAAUUUCACUGAGAACGAGGCCAAUCGGUAUCCGUUAUUCGAGUCUAGAGUCCAGAGUCCAGAGUCCAGAGUGCGUCUUGACUGGCAUGUCAGCGGCCCGGUGUGCCGGCGGUGUAGUGCGGCAAGGAUAAGGACGCCGAGGAUGGUCUAGCUAGGAGGAAGAAUAAUCGGUACUUGAAUCUCGAAUCUCGAGAUAAUCGGACGAUAUGGAACUGACCGUCGGCGGAAUAAUAUCUUUUGUGCACGUGGCGCUGAUCCUUUUCUCUAUUAACGCCGCGGAACGCGUAAUGGGCGAGAACUCGAAAUUUCUCGGGAAUGAAUUGAUUCAGGUUCGUAAGGAUUCUCGCGCUAAUCAGGAUCUAUCUCAGCUGGAAGGCCUCUCGAAAAUCCUUAAACAGGCUAGUGGAAACUCGAGCGCAGGAGGCACUCAGGUCACGGCCACUCGUCAAGGACCUUGCCAGUGCGCGUCUGGUGUUUGCGGAUGCUGCUCCAGGAUAUUACUGAAUACCCUGAAUCAAAAAGCGUGCGUUAAUAUUACAUAUGAUCCUGACGAGUUUAGCUUCACGGCUAAUAUUCUUAUGAACGACAGAAUCCUAUAUACGAGAACGGUAUCCGGAAAGAAUCCCAGACCGUUCUGCGUCCCGGUUCCCAGGAUUCCAAUAGUACGAGCUUGCGUCCGACUCUAUAACGUGUAUUUUCAAGGACGCAAUGUCCACGCAUGCGUCAAUAUGGAAGGCAAAUUCCGAGAUACAACUGUUUUUAAGAUUGGACUCGACUGCAUCAGACUGGGUGCCAAUGGGGUGGCAGUUGUCAAACCGGAGGACGGCGGUGGACUCGGACAGAUUCAAUUUCUCCCGGGCGACGACGAUGAUAACGACGACUAUGAUGAAGAGGACGAUGACGACGACGAUGACGACGACGA